AUGGUUUUCCAACCACUCUCUCCUGCUUGGAGCCCCCCCAGCGACCCCCUGCUGCAGCCCUAUUUCCCCUCCCAGCACGGCCCUCGGCACCACCACAGGCACGUCAGAGACUGCCAGCCCGUCAAGUACGGCAACGUAACGCACGAAGCUUGGCCCAGUGACAACAGGACGGGCGGCCCAGUGGCUACCACCAGAACGUUUGUUUCUUACAUCCCCCCAGAGGGUGAGGACCGCAAGGUGGUCUAUGGCCACUUCACUUUUGUGAGGAACCCCCUGAGGACCUUCUCCGUGCUCGAGCCAGGCGGCACAGGAGGCUGCCAGGCUCACCGCAGAGCCCCCGUGGAAGAGACCGCAAAGCUCGGGAAGUGUCUGGUGGCCCAGAACGGUGGGUACUUUGACAUGGGAACCGGAGAGUGCCUUGGGAAUGUUGUGAGUGACGGAAAGCUGGUGAGAAACUCUGGAGGCCUGCAAAACGCUCAGUUUGGCAUCCGGAAGGAUGGCACCAUGGUGUUCGGUUACCUGUCUGAGGAAGAUGUCUUGGACCAAGCAAACCCUUUUGUGCAGCUUGUCAGCGGGGUAGUUUGGCUCCUAAGAGACCGAGAAGUGUACGUCAGCCAGAGUCGAGUGGCUGAGUGUGGUGACACUCAAACCACAGGAACCUUCGACAAGUUCAUCAAUGUGAUAUCAGCCAGGACCGCGGUUGGACACGACAGUCAGGGGCAGCUGGUCUUGGUUCAUGUGGAUGGACAGACAGAAUCCAGAGGGGUCAACCUCUGGGAAAUGGCUGAGUUCCUGAAGCAGCAGGGAAUCAUCAAUGCUAUCAACCUGGAUGGCGGAGGGUCUGCCACGCUGGUCUUAAAUGGGACCCUCGCCAACUACCCCUCUGAGCACUGCUCCUUUGACAACAUGUGGCGUUGCCCUCGGAGCAUCUCGACCAUCAUGUGUGUCCACGAGCCGGCCUGCGAGCCUGCAGACUGCAGCGGUCACGGGGACUGCGUCCAGGGGGAGUGCCGCUGCGCUGGGGACUUCUGGAGAGGCCCAGCCUGUGACGUCUUGGACUGCGGCCCUUCCAACUGCAGCCUGCACGGCGUCUGCACUGACUCUGGAUGCCUGUGUGAUGCUGGCUGGACUGGCAGCAACUGCAGUGAAGCUUGUGCCAGCGGUUUCUAUGGGGACGCUUGCACCCAGAAAUGCCGGUGCCAGAACGGCGGCUUGUGUGACCCUGUGGAUGGAGCCUGCUCCUGCCCGGCUGGCUACUACGGCACCAGCUGUGAGCAAGAGUGUCCCAUGGGCUGGUACGGGCCGAACUGCCAGAAGCCGUGCGCGUGUGAGCACGCCUGCCCCUGCGACCCGGAGACGGGCAGCUGCAACAUCACCUCGCAGUGGGCGCUACAGGACCAGCUACACAAAGCUGGGCAGUGUCUGGCUUCCCAGAAUGAGGGAAGGAGCAAAGAAAAAGCCUCUCUGUCAGAGAAAACCUGGAUCUCCGUGGCCUCUCUCUUGGCUCUGCUUCUCGUGGUUAGUGCGGUGGGAAACGUAGGGCUUCUCCUCAAGGCCAGGUCCGAGAGGCACCGUGGGAGCGGUGACUACCGCUACCACCCCCUGCGGGAGAUGAACGGGGAAGCCAGCCAUGCCUCCCCCUCGGCUGCCUGCGAGACAGAAGAUGCUCAGGACCAGAGCCAGGCACUCCUUUAGGGUCCCGGAGGAGGAGUUAUUUCACUGCGCCGUGUCCUGCGCUAUCCAGCACUGAGCAUUACUGCAGCUUUUCAGACCUGGAGUGUGAAACUGCUGACUGACCGCCCAGCAGCAGCGACACCUCAGGCCAAGAAACUCCCAUUUCUGGCCCAGCCCUGCUGAGAACAGGGCUUAGCUUCCCUCCCUCCCUCCCUCCGCUGCGCCGGCAGGAGCAAACGAGACUGCAUAAUUAGUCGCCACAGGAGGAUGCAGGGCACAAGCCACAGGGCCAGCUUCCACACACAGAGGUGGAUAAGGGAAUUCCACCGCUGCAGCAGGAGAUGGGCUGGGUCCCUUCAAUACUUGAGGGAAACCGGGGAGGAAUCCAAGCCCUAGGCACUUCAGAAAGGUCCCUUCUCACCCGAGCGGGGGCAAGUUGUUUUAAGAGGCAAGAUAAAUUGCCUGCAGCGUACAGCUAGGCUGAAGGAAGCUGGCUUAAGGCUGUUGUAGGCUGUAACUGCCUGGCCUGCCCUGCUAAGGCAGGUUAUCAGACAACUGAAAAAAGGUUGAAACCCCAGCACCCCUCCUCCUGGCCGCAGCGGUGGGCUCAAAGGCCGGCACACCGGCUUGGGGCUUUCCCACACCCGACUCUCACCUGCCCUGUGCAGACUGCAGGGCCAGAGCCUUUUCUUACCGAGUCCUUAGGCCUUGGAGCAGUCUAACAGGGCCUUGAUGAGCACCGCAGUUUCGGUAGGUUCUGGCAGUACAGCAACACAAAAAGCCUUGCCAGCUCAUAAAAAUUUCCCUCUUGGAUGCUCUCAUAACCUCUGCUGCCGUGCCCUGCCCCGCACCUCCCCAG